AUGUAUUCUUCUCCGAGUUCUUGGAGCUCAUCACAAGAAUCAUUCUUACUGAACGAGAGUUGUUUCUUGGAUCAAUCAUCCGAUCAUCAAUCCUUCUCUUGUCAUAAUUAUGAUUACUCCGAUGACUUUUUCUCGUUUGGGUCGUCAUCGGAGAUGAUGAUCAAAGAAGAAUCCCAAAACUGCGACGUUUCUAACUCCGAGGAGGAAGAAAAAGUUGGUAUUGUUGAUGAAGAGAAGUCAUACAGAGGAGUGAGGAAAAGGCCGUGGGGGAAGUUUGCGGCGGAGAUAAGAGAUUCGACGAGGAACGGAAUUAGGGUUUGGCUCGGUACGUUCGACAAAGCCGAGGAAGCAGCUCUAGCUUACGAUCAAGCUGCUUUCGCCACGAAAGGAGCUCUCGCUGUACUCAAUUUUCCCGUGGAAGUGGUCAAAGAGUCGCUCACGAAAAUGGAGAAUGUGAAUCUUCACGAUGGAGGAUCUCCGGUUAUGGCCUUGAAGAGGAAACAUUCGCUUCGAAACCGGCCUAGAGGGAAAAAGCGAUCUUCUUCUUCUUCUUGUUGUUCUUCUAAUUCUUCUAAUUACUCUACUUCUUCAUCUUCGUCCUCGUCUUCGUCUUCAACAUCAAGAAGUAAUAAGCAGAGUGUUGUGAAGCAAGAAAGUGGUACACUAGUGGUUUUUGAAGAUUUAGGUGCUGAAUAUUUAGAGCAACUUCUUAUGAGCUCAUGUUGA